GUGGACCAGCUGUGAAUUCUGAGGUUUGUUUGAACGUCCGUGAGUGCGAUGUUUCUGUUUGUCGUUCUUUCCCUCCUCUCGCAUUGCUCUGUCUCUCUCUCCUUCUCCAUCCUUCGUCCACUCGCUCUUUCUCCCCAUGACUCCUCUCCUCUCUUGGCCUUCGGUGACCAGGUCCGGCAGAGACACCUGUACACAGAGAGUAAACACAGGAGCUUCUUCCUGGAGAUUUUUCCAAACGGCACCGUCACAGGAGCGCCGACACAGACGGAAUACACGGCGUUGGAGCUGAAAGCUAUUAGACCUGGUCAGACGGCUAUUUGGGGUGUGGUGUCAUCGCUCUACCUCUGUGUAGAUGCCUCCGGUCAGCUGACAGCACUGAGCGUGUUCUUGGAUGCUGACUGCUCCUUCACUGAGCUACUACAGCCUGACGGAUACACCCACUUCCUGUCUUCACAACACAAACUCCCUGUGUCCCUCACUUUAACGCACAUGUUCCCCUACUCCCAGUUUCUACCGCUCAGAAAGAGUCUGAUCAUAGAGACGACAGCAGAUGAGCAGGACAAUCCAGGACACUUUGAAGUAGAGGCAGAUCUGGACUCAGAUGACCCACUCAGAUUCAGACAGACCGUCCAGAACCUCAGGAGUCCAAUUUUUGACAUGGAAUGAUGAAGCAAACUAAACGGAUCCGUAGGGAAUCACUGACACUACCGGCUGCUCCAAAUCGUUUUCCAUAUGAUCCAAUAAGAAACUGCGCUUUUCUGAAUGGCCCAAUAGGAAAUUGCACUCAGCAAGGACCAAUUAGAAACCACUGAGAGUACUGCAUAUUCCAAACAGACCAAUAGAACGACAUUCUCCAUAUGAGCCAUGAGAAACAACGUACUGAUGUCACCACACAGAUCUGACCACACAUUGACUCCACGUUUACUACAAAGAAGCUGCGUUUGAUUUAACACAGCUGGAAAUAACAGCAUUACACUUGAGCAAAUUACAAAUUACUGGACUUUGUUUUAAUUUACCACCAGCCAGUACAUUCUCUGUUUCCGUGGCAACACGGUAGACCAAGCUGGCAUUGGUCCAUCUGAACAGAUAACAUUUGUGUUAAUAGAAUGAAUUUUGAUAAUCAGUUGAAUACAAACAACUGGUAGAUGAUGUUGUGACGA